AUGCGAGCUUCCGGUCUCCUAUCUCGGGGUUUCCCCGCAAAUCCCCGCAUACUGUGUCGGCCAGAUUAUCGGCCUAUCCCUUUCGCCAGCGCCGUUCGCUCUAACAGCUUUGCUUCAAGGGGUAGCGGGGGUGAUGGGGAAAAUAGCAGGUCGCGUUCUAGUCCAUCCCCCGGGAAUUCCUCAAAAUCCUGGUUUUUGAGCCGGACGAUUCUCGUCGCUUCCUUGGCAGCUGGCAUCGGAUACGGGUUUGGAAGCUCAGGUCAUCUGUGGCAGCCGAAGGAUACUGGCAUCCCACAAUAUGGAAGCACAAAGGAUUUCGAAAAGGCCAUUGCUGAGCUCCGGGCUAAAUUGGGGGAAGAUACGAUCAGCACAGAUGAAGACGACCUACAGCGACAUGGUUUUUCGGAAUGGUCAAGUGUCAAUGCGGAUCGCUUACCAGUUGCAAUUGCCUAUCCAUCCAGCACAGAAGAUGUUUCGGAGAUCGCAAGGGUCUGUAACAAAUACAAAAUGCCAAUGGUCCCAUACUCCGGCGGUUCAAGCCUCGAAGCAAAUUUUUCCGCUCCCUACGGCGGCCUAACAAUUGACUUCGCAUUUAUGAACCAUAUAUUGGACCUGCAUGAAGCAGACAUGGACGUUGUGGUGCAGCCCUCUAUUCAAUGGAUGGAUUUGAAUGAGAAGAUCAAAGAUACUGGUCUCUUCUUUCCAGUUGAUCCGGGCCCAUCUGCUAUGAUCGGCGGCAUGAUUGGAACAAACUGUAGCGGUACAAAUGCUGUGCGGUAUGGUACCAUGAAAGACUGGGUGAUCAACCUCACAGUCGUUCUAGCAGAUGGGAGUGUCAUGAAAACACGACGACGCCCCAGAAAAACCUCGGCUGGAUACAACUUGACGGGUUUGUUUGUAGGAUCCGAGGGAACACUUGGCAUUGUUACCGAAGCUACUCUUAGGCUGGCCCCAAUUCCAGAGGAGACUCGAGUUGGAGUUGUCUCCUUCCCUACGAUCCGCGAUGCUGCUUCUACUGCUAUGCAGCUCAUAAGAAAAGGAAUUCCGGUUCAGUGCAUGGAAAUCCUCGACGAUGUCCAAAUGGACGUCAUCAACAAGGCCGGCGGGACAGGAAGGACUUGGAAAACGCUGCCAACACUCUUCUUCAAAUUCUCUGGGACCAAGGCAGGCGUCGCUGACAGCAUAAGUUUGACGAGGAACUUAGCUAAAAGCAACAAUGCCGAGGCCUUUGAGUUCGCGAAGAACGAAACAGAAGCACACGAUCUGUGGUCAGCGAGGAAGCAGUCCCUCUGGAGUAUGAUGGCUUUGCGGAAGGAAGGCUCCGAAGUGUGGUCUACUGAUGUUGCCGUCCCGAUUUCAAGAUUACCGGAUAUUAUUGAGAUCUCCAAGAGAGAGCUCGACGACCUCGGGAUAUUUGCUAGUAUACUGGGCCACAUUGGCGAUGGAAACUUUCACUCAAGCAUAAUGUACGAUCCCAAUGAUGCCGACGAGAAGCAACGUGUGGAGAAGGUGGUGUACGACAUGGUCGAUCGUGCGCUAGACAUGGAGGGUUCUUGCACGGGCGAACAUGGCGUUGGUUUAGGCAAAAAGUCGUCUCUCAAGAAGGAGCUUGGUCCGAACACAAUCGGGGCUAUGCGCAACGUCAAGAAGGCUUUCGAUCCUCAUUGGCUGCUAAACCCAGGGAAGAUAUUCGAUCCUCAGGACAAUUAG